AUGACCGACAUUACGCCCAUGUUCAAUGGCUUCCUCAAGCAACACGAAGCUCCCCCUACAAAAAGGAGCUUCAGCGUGGAAAGCCUGGACGACUUUUUGAAAGAGGCCCACCGUAUAAACUCGCAUAUUACUUCGCUCCAUGCUGAUCUCAGGAAUAUCCGACAAUCCUACCUAUCGACCGCCCAGCCACGAAAGACCCUGAUCCGGUCGGCUCAGAAAGAUGGACAGUCAAGACCGCUUUCCGAUAAGGAGCGAGAGGAGAUCGACGCGAAUGCGAAGAAGCUGUUGAGAGAUCUCAACGCAAGCAUACGCAGGCUUGCCGACGUCGAACAAGCACGAGCCGAGAUCGAGACCAGAGUGAUCCAGAAGAAGUUUGUACGCGGGCUCGGUGCUUUGGGAGCUUGGGCGGCCGGUGGUACUCCUACAAGCAAAUCCCCUGAGCAUGCAGCGGCAGAGGACAGCGCCAACAUGAUCAACGCUCAUCGGGACAGCGUGUUGUGGCUCUUACGACACCGACUGCAGGAAUGCGUCAAGACGCAACAGGACAUGAUGGAAAUACGAAUAAUGCGCGAGAUGGAGAAGAAUAGGAGCGUGUUAGCCAACGCGCGGGGGCAAUACGCUUCUUCUCUCAACACCGCGGGCACCGGGAACGUUUACGAAUCUGGGAGCCCCGUGAAGUCGAAGAGACAAUCAAGCCAGACCUUGCCGUAUGAGGGGAAUCAACCUUAUAACCCGAAUGAAGAGACACAGGCUACACAGUCCUACGACGCCAGUGGAGAACUGAGCCAGGAACUGCUUCUCAUGUUCGAGCAGGACAACCAGGACAUGCUGAAACACUACGAAAGUACAAUGGAUCAAGUCAUAACGGCGGAGAGGUCGCUUGUCGAGAUAUCGGAGCUCCAGACCCAACUGAUCACUACACUACAGACGCAGUCGGAGGGCGUCGAAGAGCUCGUGUUCCAGUCGGCAGAUACGACGGAUAACGUUGGCGGAGGUAAUGAACAGCUCAAAAAGGCAACGCAGAGGGCCAGUCCGGCAAGAUACACAUUUUUGGCAACAUGCGGCUUAUGCGCGUUUCUGGUCGCGUGGGAUCUGAUAAUAUGA